AUGCUCGAUGAAAAAGGAUUGCUUCUGCGUUGCUAUACUCAGAACAUUGAUUCGUUGGAGUACGUUGCGAACAUAAACAGCGAUAAGUUGGUGUAUGCUCAUGGAUCACAUCAUACAAGCACUUGCUUGAAGUGUCGUCAGAAGUAUGACUUAAAGUGGAUCACGGAUAAAAUAAGCGAUAAAAAUACAUUGGUAGCAAAAUGUGAUAAAUGCAACGGUAUUGUUAAACCAGAUAUUGUCUUCUUUGGUGAAAAUUUACCGAAACGAUUCUUCAAAUGUGCUGUCUCGGAUUUCCCGAAAUGUGAUCUGUUAAUUAUUAUGGGUACCUCAUUAGUGGUACAGCCGUUUGCGGGUCUG